UGCUAAUGAUAUCGAAAGCAGGAAAACCAUCGAUAAAAAAGGGAUCAGGUUCCCGUAUUUACCGCACGUUUCGCGUAUCUGUUCUUUUCCAGUAUUUGCACACGCACUCUGGGCUUAUUACUGUGCUGUUGUGCCAGUGGUUGCACUCUCGUAAAUUGACGGAAGUGGUUGGCCUCCGUGUACUCUUGAUGUCCAUUUACAGUUCGCUGUCUGCAAACCGCUGUGAAACUGGACUGGGUGGGGGACGGACGGAUCUGCUGAAAUACCGACACAAGCGAGCCAGGCAGGAUCCCCCCCAGCCCCGGCUCGCUAUUAGCCCUUCACGGCCGACGGAUUUCACGAAUUUGAACUGGCGGUGUUGCCCAAUGUCUUGGAAUGCGUGUGUUUGCACUUUUUGCCUUACAGACCCAGUAGAGCAAACAGCUCUCAUAAUGAAGGCAGUUUCCUUGGAUAUUUGCAAAGGGCGUGAAAAACUAUUAAAGUGUGCUACAUAUACAUAUUUUUGCCGUUAUUGUCAGGACCCCUUUCAGUGAGGCUUUUAGCAGAACCGAGUUGCCUUCGGCAUGGAUUAACAAAACGCCCACGCAAAUGAUAUCUAGGAAUGCAGACUCUCGGUUUAACAGUGGGGGUAAUUAAGGGAGGGCCAACCAGGUGUAUGUUUUUAUGUAUUCAAAACCCACGAAUCCAGUGGAAAGAAAUUACUGCUUAAGUACUACUUUGCCUUUACAACCUAAAGGCAGUAAAUAACGUAGCCAGAUUACGCGUUUCAAGUACGGGAUUCACUAAACAGUGAAUCUCAGAUUCAGUUGAUGGCUACGUCUUUAAACGGGUGAAGUCAGAUGUAACUAGUCUUCCGUAUGCCAUCAUUGGCACCGGGAAGUCAGGUAACGUCAGGUAGCCCCACUGGUGGAGCUGAUAGACAGCACGUAUCGGGAGCGAUUUCCGCAAACUCUUUCUCCGCCAAAACCAGUCGCUGCUUGGGGGUUUUAGUUUUGUUUAAUGAAGAGAAACAAGAAGUGGGUUACCAAAGAAUACUAGGCUCCAGACAGAUGUUUGGAUUCGCUGUUCUAAGAGACAACACAAUCUUGUAUUAAAAACGCGAACUGUGUGUUUUUUGUAGUUUAUUAGCGUUUUGACAACAGUUCUCAACUUUUUUUUCGGCAACUUGCAAUGGUCAUGUACGAACAUGACUUUAAAGAAACACUAAAUAAGACGUAGAGUAAAGCAUUUUGAAAACCCCGGUUUAAGUUUUAAUAUGGUUCUAUAAGCUGCUAAUCAGACGUUUUAUCUGCACCUACUUAAUAUGAUGCAGUUAAAUACUCCGACCCGGCGUUACUUCCGAAAAACGAAGAUUUUUCCGCCGCAUUUCGUUAUCAAUAGUUAAUAGAGAAUAGACGAGGUUUACCAUCUCCAACAAAAUGCUGUGACUAAAAAAAAAAACAAGAAAAUUUAACAACCGAGUUAAACAAACAAAUCGCAAUUAUUUCCCGGGAGCAUAUAUCCAUUGCGAUCUGACGGAAAACGCCAGUUAGCUAAGCGGCAAGAAUGAUACAAAGGCUCUUAGAGAAAGAAACAGACGAUAUUUUAAUAUCCCACGUUAAAACAGACGAGUGUCUGCGAGACGAUUCUCUAAAAAAGGCGGUCAAUUAAUAAAAACGUAGGUGAUUGGUCGAAGAGUGUUGACCCUCACUGAGUAGUGCUGAAUUUCUGAGCCCUUCAGAGUAGCUACAUCGCAGUCCAGCUUAUUAAAGCGCACCGAGUGGGCGCGGAACAGGACGCGCUGCGCCGAGGCAGGGUUGAGAGUUGAGUGGGAUGAGCUGUCCGAACCCUGAAACUGCAACAGCACAUCGUUCCUCCAAGUCACUACAGACACACGCCAUACAGCGGGAUCUGUCACAUGCUCUUGUAAAGAAUUCCGGCUCCAUCUGGCCGCAUCGCCGAUACUUCUUGUAAACAGACUAAAAACUUACUUGAUUCAGUGGCCAGCUUUCCUUGUUAACCCGCUAUCAGGAUUCCAAUGUAACUGCGAGUCUGAUAAAACACCCACGUGUGUUUUGUUAGUUUUUUUUUAUUCCCGGGGAGGAAGAGGAGGACUUCGAGUUUUUUUUUUUAAUCUGGCGACGACAGCAGGUUUCUGAAGAACUGAAAAGUACCGCACAGGAAUGAUUUCAAGUUGAGCUCUAAAGCUGAAAACUCCAAAAACCUGAAGAUGCUGCAGGAAUCUUGGAAGUACCGCGUUGACAUGCCCGGCUCCAGCAGUGCCUUCAUCCCUACCAUCAAUGCCAUCACCACCAGCCAGGACCUUCAGUGGAUGGUCCAGCCCACUGUCAUCACCUCCAUGUCCAGCCCCUAUUCCCGCUCGCACCCCUACGGUUUGCCAAGCUCCAGCGGCCCUGGGUCACUGGGCCACACGGCCCUUGCCCGGCCAGGGGUCAUCCGCUCCAUCGGGGACACUCGCGGACGCCGCAGGAGAGACGAGCAGCUGACUCCAGAGGAGGAGGAGAAGAGGAGAGUGCGGCGGGAGAGGAACAAACUGGCUGCUGCCAAGUGUCGCAACAGGCGCAGAGAGCUGACUGAGCAGCUACAGGGGGAGACCGAGAAGCUGGAGGAGGAGAAGGCCGGCCUGCAGAAGGAGAUCGAGACUCUGCAGAAGGAGAAGGACAAGCUGGAGUUCAUGCUGGUGGCCCACAACCCCAUUUGCAAACUGCCCUCUGAGGAACGGCACCACGGGGGCGCCCUGCAGCAGUGCGCCCCGCUCUCCCUGACCCUGCGCCCCACGUCCGGCCCACUGCACCCCCUCAACCCCGUGGUGGUGAAGCAGGAGCCCCUGGAUGAGCUGGAGGAGGAUGAAGGGCAGCUGGACAAGCCCCAGCGUUCGGUCAUCAAGCCCAUCUGCCUGGGCGGGACGAGCGGCCUCUACUGCCCGGAGGGGGACAGCCUCAACACCCCCGUGGUGGGCACCUCCACCCCCGCCGCCACCCCCAGCGGUGCCCCCAGCCUCAUCUUCAACUACCCCAACAUGCUGGAGCAGGACAGCCCCUCGCCCUCCUCGGAGUCCUGCUCCAAGGCCCACCGGCGCAGCAGCAGCAGUGGGGAUCAGUCCUCGGACUCCCUCAACUCCCCGACCCUGCUGGCCCUCUGAGAGCAGCCCAAGAGAGAGAGAGGAGG